GUCCUCAGUUGUUCGCAGCUGCAGUGAGCGAUUCGGUGCGAGUCUCUCGAUCUCGCGAUCUCGCGAUCUGUCCGUGAAUCGCGCUCUCUAACGAAUUUCAGCAUCCCUUGCGUGUCGGUGUUGACAUGGCGGCUAUGGCGACGGAGGCGGUUCUAGCGGCCGCUGCAGCUGUGCCUGCUGCUUCUACUUCCCAGUCUGUUUUCUCGCGGAAAUCAUCAUCUCCUUCGUCCUUCAACGGCGCGCAUUUACGGCAUGGGUUCGCCGCUUCGGACAAUUUCAGCCGGCAGUCUGGAGGCCGCAAGGGAUCUCCGGCCUCUACGGCGGCGGGGAAAAGACGCGGGGUCGUGACAAUGGGCUUAUCCCAGGACGGACCAUCCAUAGCUGUCGUCGGGGUUACGGGGGCAGUUGGCCAGGAAUUCCUCCAGGUCCUGCAUGACCGCGAUUUCCCGUACAGGAGCAUCAAGAUGCUGGCGAGCAAGCGAUCGGCAGGGAAGAAGCAAGAGUUCGAGGGACAUGAGUAUGUUGUGGAAGAGCUCACGGAAGGAAGCUUUGACGAUGUAGACAUUGCACUUUUCAGUGCCGGCGGGUCAAUUAGCAAGAAGUUCGGACCUGCAGCUGUGAAUGCUGGAGCAAUUGUGGUUGACAACAGCUCAGCUUUCCGCAUGGACAAGGAUAUUCCGCUGGUUGUUCCAGAAGUAAAUCCAGAAGCCUUGAAUGGAAUCAAGGUUGGGAACGGAAAAGGUGCACUCAUUGCUAACCCUAAUUGUUCAACGAUCAUUGCCUUGGUCGCUGCAACACCAUUGCACAAGGCAGCCAAGGUUAAGCGAAUGGUUGUCAGUACGUACCAAGCAGCCAGUGGAGCUGGAGCUGCUGCUAUGGCUGAGCUGGAGCAGCAGACCCGGGAGGUGCUAGCAGGACAGCCACCCACAUGCAACAUAUUUAGCCAACAGUACGCUUUUAAUAUCUUCUCUCAUAACGCAUCGGUGCUGGAAAACGGUUAUAAUGAGGAGGAAAUGAAGAUGGUCAAGGAGACGCACAAGAUCUGGAAUGACUCGUCCGUCAAGGUCACAGCGACUUGUAUCCGAGUUCCAGUAAUGCGUGCCCAUGCUGAGAGCAUCAACCUGCAGUUCGAGAGCCCACUGGAUGAGGAUACGGCAAGAGAGAUCCUGCAAAAUGCUCCAGGUGUUGUAGUUAUUGAUGACCGUGAGAGGAAUCGCUUCCCAACCCCGCUCGAGGCAUCGAACAAAGAUGAUGUUGCAGUUGGUAGAAUACGACGAGACAUUUCCCAGGAUGGUAAUUGGGGGAUGCCAGUGCCCUAAUCGUCCUUGACUCUUCAUCUGUCUCUUUCGUUAUCAUAUCGGUUUGUCUGGCUAGAUGGGCAGAGGGCUCCCUCUCCUCCGCUGACUGUGUGGACCCUCCACAUGCAGACAUCACAUGUCCAUUUGCAACUGGGGGCGUUAUGGUGAAUGCAUGCUCCCCUGUAAUGCCUGUUGUUCUUUCGUCCUGGCCUGCACCUGAUGUGCCUCUUGUCAGGACUCGGGAGUGGUAUGUGGGGUGUGUCCCGUGGCCUGGGCCAGAGAAAUAGGUGCUCUGCUGGCUUAUGCUACCCUGCUCGACGAGGGUGUGCAUCACUUUGUGUGUCUUCUAUAUGUGCCCACAGCUUGGAUGAGUUUACUGACCAGUUUCUCCCGUGGAACUUCCAGUGUCUCCAGCCUUUUCCUGGCCUUCGAUGGUUUGCGUUGGCUCAAGCCCAUCUCCCGUAUCAAUGGUUUUGCUGUUCAGGGACAUAAUGCUGACUCUGUUUUCUCACCCUUGAUUUACCUCAUCGUGUUCUCCAGCUCUGCCUCUACUGCUCCCGUUGCCUUCAUUGCAACCAACAAUCAACCUUGGUUUUAGUU